UAUCUUUGUUUGUUCACUUGACAUUCUUGACAAUUUUAAUUGUUAUCUCUCUCUUAUUAUCGAGUCUCAACAGGUAAUCUUAGAUACCGGUUCAUGACUCAGACUGUCACGCGAUAACUACCUAUUUUAAUUUAAAUACUCGUGGAAAAUUUUGCCAUUAGUAUCGUGUGGCGUAAUAUUUUAGAUUAAACACUUUUGUCUAUAGAAUCGAACUAUACAGAAAACUUUUGCAGUAAUGGCUUCUCAAUGGAAAAUGACUUAUUUUCCCGUCAAGGGUCUGGGAGAAUCUAUUCGGUUUUUGCUUGCAUACUUGGAUAAAGAAUACGAAGACCAUAGAUUCAAUGUAGAAGACUGGCCCAGCAUCAAACCAACAACACCAUGGGGCCAGACUCCAGUGCUGGAGGCAAAUGGGCAGACUGUGACUCAGUCUAUAGCCAUCACCCGGUACCUUGGUCGUCAGGCCGGUUUGUGUGGUGCUGACGCAUGGGAGGAUAUGAGAAUUGAUGAGAUUGUCUACGUCAUCAAUGACUUACGUGCUGAACUGGCUAAGUACCACUAUGAGAAAGACGAGAAGAGAAAGGAAGAAGUAAAGGGCACUGUAUUAAGUACAACUGCCCCGUUCUACCUGUCCAGACUUGAUGCUCAUGUCAAAGCAAACAAUGGCUAUCUAGCUAACGGAAAGUUGUCUUGGGCUGAUUUGUACUUUGCUGCAAUAAGUGACUACCUAAGCUUCAUGUAUGGAUCCGACAUCACGGCCGGGUAUCCCAACCUGACGGAACUACGAGAGAAGGUCCUGGCCUUACCCAAGAUAAAGGAGUGGGUCAGCAAGAGACCCGUCACUAAUGUUUGAAUAUCCAAGAUGUGCCUGUAGGUCAUGUUAAAUUUUAAGCAAUAAGUUUGAUACUCCAAAACAAUUAUGUUUUGUUCAAUAUUCAAGUUAUAUAACAUUAUUCACUAAACUAUUAAAUAUUUUAUGUGAAAUAUCACUUGUUACAUUUAAAAAUAAAUUUUAUCUGGAGUUUGAAAAUAAAUUAUAUGUUUCUGUAA